AUGGCCAUCAUAACCAUCGAUAUCAUCUCCGACAUUGUGUGCAUGUGGUGCUUCAUCGGCAAACGCCGCCUUGACAAAGCCAUCCAUCUCCACAAAAAGACCUACCCCGGCGGUAGUGCCGAUAAAGUCGUGAUUACCUGGCACCCAUACUACCUACAACACAACCCAUCGCCACACAGCGUGGAGAAGAGAGUCCUCGCGGAUAAAAAUCUCGCGCACAUGACGCCCGAGGAGCGAACAGGGCUCAUGAAUCGAAUGGACCAGAUCGGACGCGCGGUUGGAAUUCGACUCAACCAUCACGGCAAGAUUGGGAGCACCAGGGAUGCGCAUCGCUUAAUUCUACUCAGUCAGAUUGAGGACAAGAAGAGGGACCAGAGUCAUAGUGGUGAGCUGCAAGAUGCCAUGGCAGAGAAGCUCUUCCAGGCGUAUCAUGAGCAGGCGAAGGAUAUCUCAGAUCGGGAGGUGUUGAGAGAGAUUGGUCGGGAUGUGCUAGGGUUGCAGGCAGCGGAGGUGGAUGCGUGGUUGAAUGAUGAGGAUAAUGGCAGGAGGGUGGACUAUGAGGCACAGCGGAAUCGCGAGCAGGUGAGCUCAGGAGUGCCAGUUUUUUUGAUCCAGGGGAAGGAGCACCGUGUGGAUGGGGCGCAGGAUAUCGAGGAUUUCAUGGAGCUCUUUGUGAAGAUUAGAGAGUCGACUUAG